AUUUUUGUGAAAUUAGUUUUCAUUUUCACUUAUUGCUGAUGUCAUUCGCUUCAUUAUGUCAUCUUCAUCAAAAGCAGAUAAACAAAGAUUAUAUGUAGAGCUGCAGAAUGCUAUAGAACAGGACAAACUUUAUUGGAUUCGAAAUGAUGCCAAGAUAAAAGCUGCUGUGACUAGCAAGUCAUAUGAUGAAUUUAGGGAGUUGGUGGCAGCAGCCCAUUUGAAAGCUCUGACAAAAGAAGAUAAAGAAAGAAAACAACGUUCCUGGCAAACCUUAACGGAUUAUGAAUAAUUCAUGAUAUUCAUAUAUUGUCUUUCUUGAUAUAUUAUUUCAUAAACAACAUGACUUAAA